AUGACUAUGGAGAGAGCUAUGCUCGGAGUUCUUUGCGCGAAGAAGAACCAGAGUCAACGACAUAGCAUGCAAGCUGAAGUGGCAAUGGCGACCAGUAGUGGCAAUGGCAGUAGCGACCACGAACCGGUAGACGACCGCCAAGAGUACCAAAGGCUUGUGGUGAAAGACUGGGCCGAAGAGGCCACUACACUUCGGGCCAUUGGCCCCGAGGAACCAGUUUCCUUGGCCACUGCAACCGAGGGAGAGUCGCGAGGAAAAGUAUUGCGGUACUCCCUUUUCCCAACUCUCUGCGGACAAAACAGGACGACCGGGACCUGGACA